GCCACCGCUACCGCCACCGCCGACCCAGAGCGCUGGAAGCUCGUUGGCGGUUGGUAGCUCGCGCUCGCGUCCGCCUCGAUCCCGGCCACAAAGGGAGCUCCCCGAGCCGUGCCGCAGCUCUGCCGGCUGAGCGGGAGGCGCUCUGGGCUCCGCGCGCCAGCCCGGAACUUCUCCCCCCUUCCCCCUUGCGGGGGGUCUGGACCCAUAGCGGCGGGGGCGCGCCUCCGGCCCCGGGGCUCUCCGUCGGGCUUCGAGCCGCACGGAAUCGCCACGGUGGGCGCCGCUGGUGUGGGCCGGGAAAUAAUGAAAAAAGUCUGUCAAGGCUCUUGAUCAGAAAACUGGAAUCUGAGAAGAAGUCACUAACUAAGCUCAUGUUUUCUCCUGAUCAAGAAAAUCAUCCAUCUAAAACACCAGUAAAAUAUGGUGAACUGAUUGUAUUAGGGUAUAAUGGCUCUCUGCCAAAUGGAGAUCGAGGAAGAAGGAAAAGUAGGUUUGCUUUAUUUAAAAGACCCAAGGCAAAUGGGGUGAAACCCAGCACUGUGCAUAUUGCCUGCACUCCUCAAGCAGCAAAGGCAAUAAGCAACAAGGACCAACAUAGCAUAUCGUAUACCUUGUCUCGGGCCCAGACGGUGGUGGUUGAAUAUACACAUGACAGCAACACUGAUAUGUUUCAGAUUGGCCGGUCAACAGAAAGCCCUAUUGACUUCGUAGUGACAGAUACGGUUCCUGGAAGUCAGAGUAAUUCAGAUACACAGUCCGUACAGAGCACUAUAUCAAGGUUUGCUUGCAGAAUCAUCUGUGAACGGAACCCUCCUUUUACAGCAAGAAUAUACGCUGCGGGAUUUGACUCGUCAAAAAACAUCUUUCUUGGGGAAAAAGCUGCCAAGUGGAAGACAUCCGAUGGACAGAUGGAUGGGUUAACCACAAAUGGAGUUCUUGUUAUGCAUCCGCGCAAUGGAUUUACUGAAGACUCCAAACCAGGGGUGUGGAGGGAGAUAUCUGUGUGUGGGAAUGUGUUCAGCCUCCGUGAAACCAGAUCAGCUCAGCAGAGGGGAAAAAUGGUUGAGAAUGAAACCAACCAACUCCAAGAUGGCUCAUUAAUCGAUCUGUGUGGAGCAACGAUGCUGUGGCGUACUGCCGAAGGCCUUUCACGCACUCCUACGGUGAAGCACUUGGAAGCUCUAAGACAGGAGAUAAAUGCCGCCAGGCCUCAGUGCCCUGUAGGGUUUAACACAUUAGCAUUUCCUAGUAUGAAGAGGAAAGAUGUUGUCGAUGAAAAGCAACCAUGGGUGUAUCUGAACUGUGGCCACGUACAUGGCUAUCACAACUGGGGAAACAAAGAGGAAAGAGACGGGAAGGAUCGAGAAUGUCCCAUGUGCCGCUCUGUUGGCCCCUAUGUGCCUCUGUGGCUUGGAUGUGAAGCUGGAUUUUAUGUAGAUGCAGGACCUCCAACUCAUGCAUUCAGCCCAUGUGGACACGUGUGCUCAGAAAAAACAACUGCAUAUUGGUCCCAAAUUCCUCUUCCUCAUGGUACUCACACUUUUCAUGCAGCCUGUCCGUUCUGUGCACAUCAGCUGGCUGGCGAACAGGGUUACAUCAGACUUAUUUUCCAAGGACCUCUUGACUAAUACAUGUGUCACCAAGGAUUUCAUUAAAUUUAUAAGCUAAGCAAUUCUGAUUUUAAACAAACUGUGUAUUUCAUAUUCUCUGGGCUUUGACAGUUUGCAUUAAAAAGAUUUUUUGUUUUGUUUUGUUACAGCAGCUAAAUCCCUUUCUAAAUGAGGAAAAGCCUGGAAACAACGAGAUAGAUUAUGGGGAGGAAAGGGAAAGUUCCUGACUUUGUUUAGUGUCUACUUUUGGAGAGGGGAAGGGAAUUUAUGCAUAGUGAAAUUCAAUGCCUUCAAUUUAAUAUUUUUGAAUGACAUGCCCUUGGUGUUGAAAAGUUGCUUUUUUUUUUGUAUAACUGAGGGUAAAUAUGGUCAGUUCAAAGGACAUUAGUUUACAGCUUGGAUGCAAACAUUGUAAAAUAUAGCAACAUGUAUAUUAACUUUUUCUAUUUAUCUUUAUUAUUGAAAUUAUCUUAUGGCAUUUUGAUAGAGGAGCAGCAUGGUAGUAGUGUGUUAAAUCCAUUGACUGGAUGCAUAGAAUAGUUCUUGAUGGGGAAGGUUAGAAGAAAACUGUAGAAGUACCUUUUUAAAAUCUAGAGUACUAUUGAGUUCUUAGAGUAGCUGAAUGCUUUUUAAACAAAAUUAAUGCAAAUUACAUUGGUGUAAAAAUAUGCUUUAACCUCACAAAAGAUCAUUAUGAUGGACUUUUUUUCAAAUGUCUGCCCAUUGGGUAGGACUAUAAUAAAAGAACUGGUCACAGGACAACAUUUACCUGAUUCUUUGAAUAUGCAAUUUUAAACUACAUUAAGGAUUUUUCUCCUUCUGUUAACUAAUCUUUUGUUUACCAUUAGCCAUGUUUGAGGUUUUUUAUUUAUUUAAACAACAAAAAAUGAACAGCCAAGACUCAUCUGUUCAUCACUCUUAGAAAAAAGCUGUGAAUUAGCCAGAAAGCUGAGUGUUCAAUUUAAAGAAAAUUUAUUCAUUCUGCUUUUAAUCUAACCCCUUAACUUGUAUGCUGGGUGGGUAGGUGGCACACUACCUUCAUACGCUUUGCCUUUCAGCUCCACAGAGCUGGAUACAAAAAUGUGCAUUUAGGUGACAAAUGAAGACAUUUCAGCCUUGGAGCUAAGAUGUUUGCCCACAUCCCCAAACCAUUGUGUAAAUUGGGACAAUUGGCAGUCUGUGCUCAGGAAAAACUGAGAUUGAGUUGUAUUCAUGGCGCUUGAGGUGGAGGAAGCUUGCAGAAAAGUUACUCGCACCGUGGCUGAUUUUUAAGCAGUUUUUAGUCUCACUUUCAAUAUCCCUCCCCGCAAAUGCUCCCCUUUCUUUGCCCCCCCGCGCC